AUGAGCCCUAUUUGGUUGACGAUUUUGUUCCUUGUUCCGUUUGUUCGUGCCGGUGAUGACUGGGAAGACUUUACGAAUAACCUUGCGACUGACUUGUUGACCAUGCCUAACCUGCGUCACUAUUCGCAGGCCCCCUUGAUUGUCCUCUUCGGAGAGAGGCUUACCAAACAAUUCCUCUCCGAGUCAAUCCAUAUCGUGGAUAAUCUGAUAUUUGCCUUGUCACCCCUCGGUGUUCUUACUACCGUCGUAUCUCUCAUUCGGGUCCGGGGAAGCUCAUCCCUGAAGGCUUUCGUUGGACGAGCUCAAGAAGGUCCCGCCGAAGCCGAGAGCGAGCUGUUACCAUGCGUGUCUCAAUCUACGGCAGAGCUCUUCAACGAUGGAGGAAUUUCCAGGGUAUUUGGUCGGCCGAAGAUCAUUGAGAUAAUUGCAUGGGAGGAUGAAGACCCCAAGACCUUUGAAAAGUCCAUGAAAAUUGGAACUCUUCGUGAUGCGAUUCGAGAAGGUGCUUGGCGAGGCGACGGCUUGGGCCCCGACCCCAAUCAUUUUCCCGAGCUCGACAUUCCGAACCUGUCUUUGAACAAAGGCAUCAAAGCCAAGGGCCAGUUUUGGUUCUAUUGCGCUGCUAUGCUUGGUAUUGUGAUGCAAAUAGGUGUCAUGGCAUAUUCUGCGAUCACAGUUUUUGUUUUCCCGAGUGAUUUCAAAAAGAAUGACAAGGCCGUGCCCGGCUACGCUUUCCCCUUCUAUAUUACCGGAACGACCUUGCUGUUCACAGGGAUGCUUUCCUCCGCCAUCAUCAUCCGACACUCUUCAGUGUUAUACAAAUUCGAGCGAAACAAGCCAGGAAAGACCUACUGGCUACAGCCUGGAAACCAACACGUUGGCGACCAAGUGUUUGGCGCGUUUAUGACAUCGAGCAAGCGGCCCGUUUACCUCAAAUCUAUUCGAGCUCCCAAAUACCUGGAUCAUGAAAAUUUGAAACAUGGAAAGUUGUAUAUGAUUUUGGGAGCUACUAUCGUCGGCUUCGUGAUUCAGUUCGUCGGUCUCAGGGGUCUCCAUGCCUCAGUCAUCUUGGCCCAACUGGGUUCCACCUUGGCCAUGUCCAUUCUGCGAACCUGCCUUCGAACCGAGCGAAUGGCGCCCGGAGAAAAUCUCAUCGAAAAGCAAUCGCAACAGCUCAAAGUUGAUAGGAAGCAAGAGCUGGAUCGCUUUGCCCUGUUUUUGCACGACAUUCGGUCGCUGCAAACUGUCUUUGUCAGGUCGCCAGGAUUAUCCCAAACCAGCUCCUCGUCCACCUUUACCGUUGGAGUGGAGCCUUCAAUGGCUGCAAAGGUAAUCCAGACAAGACUAACCCUUGCCGAAAUUACCUCCAGAGACUCAAGAUGUGGAGUUCAUGUUGCUUGGGAUGAUAUGCCCGUACGGAAUACUGCACGGAGUCUGGCCGAAACAAUUGGCACAACUAUGGAUCUUCUUUCAAGUUGGGGGGUUGGUCUCGGAGACCACUUCAGGUUUCAGAUUGUCGUCGAAUGCUUCUCUUCCAAUCCGCAAUCUCAAAUUUCUCCUUCUGACCAUGAAGCCUAUACUUUUCAUGUCCUCAGAAAAGGUGACGUUUUAAAGUGGACGGUGAAUCCCAAUGAGCUGGAGGCAGUUAUUGGGCUAUCAACAUAUUCAUUAUACCAGUCUGACCCCUGUUGGAGUGAGGAAAAGCUCCAUCGGAUCGUUGGACUCGGUGACUCGGAGGCCGGACAACUGGAGACAUACCUUUAUUUUCACAAAUGGGUUUUUCGGCAAACGGAAGCUAAACUCGUUCCCGGCCAACAGUUCCCUCCGAGGCUUUUUGGAUUUUGCCGCCGCAUGUCCGAUAAUACCAGCAUCUCGAACUAUUCCAGCAUGUCUGCCUUCUCAAGCUCUAAUCAGCCCGGGGAAGAUACCUUGGUGGUGAACACCAUGAAUACGUUGGAGACCAUGGUGGCACAAGAUAUUUACAUUCAAUUCUUUCGAUCUGCGUGUGCACAUCUCGGUGCCCAAACGGACGAUUCAGAGAUUUGCAGCGGGAUUCAAAGUUCGUUUUUGAUCAAGAAUGAUCGGAUCAAUGAGCUGGUGGCGUGUUUUGAAACAAGCGGACUGGGCUCCUGGGAGGACGCCCUCCUGUGCACGAUUCCCACGCUUAGGGAAUUGGAGAUACUCCCUCGCCUAUCUGCCGAAUCCCCCAAGGUGAGAGAAAAGGUCAAAACCCUGAUUGAGCGAGGUAGUUGGAACAAGAUCUUCAGCCUCCUCGAAUGGAUUUGUGAGCGGUCGGAAGGAGUUGAAUUUGAGCACUCUGUCUACGAGCUCGGAAAUAUCUGUUGUCGAGCACUGCUAGGGCCGAGCCUUUCUGAUCGGGCUGCUGGUGUUGAUAGAAUCAAACAUCUCUUCCAAGGCGAUCUACGACACCAAUUCCUUAGCCAACGGCAAAUCUCGACACCAAAAAGCUGGACAGGGUCGCAGCGGGACCGUGAUUGGUGGCAAAAAUUCCUGAAGCAGCUUGGAUGGAUUGCGUGGCAUCAAGCAGUCAAUCAACAGAAAUGGCAGAACAUGGACUGGGCCCUAUCGGCGUUGCAAAGACUUGGGGCGUCCGAGAGCCUGGGUACCGCUGCCGAGUUUGGUCAAGAUGCAAAAUAUCCGAUAGAGGCUGUCAAAGCCGUUCAAGACUGGCUCACAGUGGAUGAUUUGGACUUCACUCAUGACAUCGAUGGCAAAGAAGACGAGCAAGGGUUUGGAUGGGCAUUACAAGAGGGGUUCAAUGCGAUAGCGUACAUGUUAUUGGUCAGAUGGGCGGAGGUAGGCACCAGAUACCAGGAACCUCUAUUCUUUCAGCGGGCAUUCACCACGGCUGCAAAACACUCAUGUGAUUGGGGCAUAUCGGUCCUUAAGCAGCAUGGCGCCGAUAUCGAAGCAACGAAUCCGAAUAAGAUCUCGGCGCUACUUUAUGCCAUCCACGAGGAAGAUCUAGGAGCCACCAAAUUGCUUCUUAGAAACGGGGCAAAUGCAAAUGGAAACGACAAAGCGCCGGAUGUCAAACCACUGCUCCUGUCUGCCCAUCGAGGAUUGACCGAUUUCGUGGAGUUGCUUCUACUCCAGGGUGCUGAUAUUGAAGCCAGAGAUUCCAUCGGGAUGACUGCAUUGCAUUGGGCCUGUCGUGAAAAUCAGAUCGACACGGCUCGCUUCAUUCUUUCUCGAAAUGUAGAUGUCAAUCUGUGGGGGGCCCAAUACGUUACGCCGUUGAUUUGCGCGGUUAAAGGUGGUCAUUUUCAGAUGAUGAAGGUGCUGAUGGAACACGGGGCCAAUGUCAAUGCCCAGGACGAUAGCGGCAUGUCGGCUCUAAUGCACGCAGCCUCUGAGUCCCUUGAAGAUAUCAUGCAUUUGUUGCUGGCAAAUGGGGCCGAUCUUCAUGCUCAAGAUUGCAACGACUUAACAGCCUUGGACUGGGCGAGGAACUGUAAGCGCCCGGCGGCAGCCGGCAUUCUGGAGAUGGCACUUUCCAAAAAGACAUAG